AUGCAUCUGCCUCUGGAAGUCAUUCCUGUAGCUGUCACCGUCUUUCAAUGCCUAAUAGGACUUGUAGUGUCACCACGGCUAAAAGGGCGAAGUUUGGGUGACAGUCACUGUCUGGCCGAGAUGUUUCAGAUCAGCGCCUUCGAGAAAUCAAACUUUGAAUUGUCUUUUCGUGAAGAUAUGAUUAAGGUUGAAGUAAAGGAAGAAGUAGAUGAGACAGAUAUGAGUGAGGAUGAUCCAUUAGACAGUAAUGGGGGGACGGUAUGUGCCCAGUGGGGGAGUCAGGAGCCACUUUCCUCUCAUCCUGUUAUCGUGUGUUACCUGGGAAGAAGAUCGUCUCUAAGCAAAGACCCUGGAAACACCGGCGUUACACAGGGAAAUGUCUGCGUUGAAGAGCAGAAAGAAGGAAUUGUGAAGGUUAAAGAGGAGGAAAUUCCUACAGAGAUCAGCACAGACCCCAUAGACACUGUUGUGGCUCAUGUCAAAGUUGAGGAGGAGGAAAUAAGAUGUGUGAAGAUCGAAGAGGAGGAAAUCCCUCCAGAGAUGAGCACAGAUGGACACAAUACAGAGCAUCAGCCUCCAGUUUGUGGAUCAAAAGAUGUCCCCCCGUGCAAUCCUUUAGCAGGACCCCACGUCACCCCAAAACUCUAUUUACCACCUGUAGCCCUGACAUCCAGUACACACGGGAAGCAUUUAUCCGGCUACAUACAGUUCGUCAUCCAACAAGCGGCGCUCAGCAAGCGAGAAGCGUUCCCGUGCACUGUGUGCGGUGACUAUUUCAGCGAAAGAGCGGAACUCCUCUCCCACGAGAGACUGCAUACCAUGCAGAAGCCAUAUUCAUGUUCCGUGUGCGGGAAAGGUUUCCCCUGGAAAUCAUCCCUCGCCAAGCAUGAGAAAAUUCACAGAGGCGAGAAGCCGUAUUCGUGCUCGCAGUGCGGGAAGUGCUUCAUCGAAAGAUCCUCCCUUAUCAUCCACAAGCGAAUUCACACCGCCGAGAAGCCGUUUUCCUGUCCCGAGUGCGGGAAAAGCUUCACCCACAACGGGAAUCUCACCGCUCAUCAGAGGACUCACCAGGGGGUGAAGCCGUUCCCAUGCUCCGAGUGCGGGAAGUGCUUCAGCCGGAAGUCGACUCUCGUAAUGCACGGCAGGAUUCACACGGGGGAGAAACCGUACGUAUGCUCCGAGUGCGGGAAAACGUUCUCCUUAAAACAGUCUUUGAUUUCGCACACUAGAAUACACACCGGGGAAAGGCCGUUUUCAUGUCCUGAGUGCGGGAAAAGUUUCCGCUGCAGGACCCGGCUUCUUAAGCACCAGAGGACUCACACGGGGGAAAAGCCGUAUUCGUGUCUGGAUUGUAAGAAGUUGUUUUCAUCACGGGAAUAUCUUAUUAAGCACCAGAGGAUUCACACGGGGGAAAAGCCGCACACAUGCCCGGAAUGCGGAAAGUGUUUCGCCGUCAGAUCGGUCCUUGUCGCCCAUCAGAGAACCCACACCGGGGAGAGGCCGUUCUCGUGUCCAGAGUGCGGGAAGUCUUUUUCCCACCGAGCCAAUCUGGUGCAGCACCAGAGAGGCCACACGGGCGUUAAACCGCAUCUGUGCGCCGAGUGCGGGAGAGGCUUCAAACGAAGAUCACAUCUGAAAGAGCACCAGAGGGUCCACACGGGCGAUCGCCCCUACUCUUGCUCCGAGUGCGGAAGAGAUUUUGCCAAUCGCUCGGCUUUGAUCAGGCACGAGAGACUCCACACGGGCCACCGCCCGUAUUCCUGCUCUGAAUGCGACAAAGGCUUUACCAACAAGUCCGAUCUGGUCAAGCACGAGAGAGUCCACUCUGGUGACCGCCCAUUUUCCUGUGCAGAGUGCGGGAGAGGUUUCGCCAGUAAAUCGGCCAUGGUUAGACAUGUGAAGGCCCAUGCCGGUGAACUCCCAUAUUCAUGCCCUCAGUGCGAGAAACAGUUCUCCCAGAAGUCACAUCUCGUCGCCCAUGAGAAAAUUCACAUGGGGGAGAAGUCCUAUUCCUGUUCUGAAUGUGGAAAGUCUUUUUCCUGGAGGAGAAACCUCACCAUACAUAAACGGGUUCACACAGGAGAACGACCGUACGCUUGUUCUGCGUGCGGGAAAUGCUUCAGGCAGAAGUCUGUCCUCGACAUCCACGAACGAACUCACAGACCAGAAAAGCCAUUCUCCUGUUCCGAGUGCGGGAAACGUUUUACCCAGAAAGGACAACUCGUUUCACAUCAGAAGACUCACACUGGGGAGAAGCCGUUCUCAUGUUCCGAGUGCAGCAAAUGCUUCGGCUCGAAGUCGGAUCUCAUACGGCAUCAGAGGAGUCACACGGGGGAGAAGCCGUUUUCGUGUCCGGAAUGUGGGAAGUGUUUUUCUUACAGAGCCAAUCUGGUUCAGCACCAGAGAGGCCACACGGGCGUAAAACCGUAUUCGUGUCCCGAGUGCGGGAGAGGCUUUAAGCGAAAGUCCCAUCUGAACGAGCACCAAAAGAUUCACAGCAGCGACCGCCCGUUCUCGUGUUCGCAGUGCAGGAGAGAGUUUACCAGUAAAGCGGCUCUAGCUCGGCACGAAAGACUCCACACGGGCGAUUGUCCAUAUUUCUGUUCCGAGUGCGAUCGAGGCUUCAACAAUAAAUCAGAUUUGGUUAUACACCAGAGAGUCCACUCUGGCGAUCGGCCCUAUUCCUGUGCAGCGUGCGGGAGAAGCUUCACCAGUAAAUCAGCUCUGGGUAGACAUGAGAGGGCUCACACUGGUGAUCACCCGUAUUCAUGUACCGAUUGCGGCCAACAAUUUUCACAUAAGUCCUCCCUUAUGUCACAUGUCAGUUUCCACGAAAGACAAGAGGUACCUGUUUCAAGAGGCAACAGCUCAGUAACGUUUCAAUCCAGGCCUGGCUUGACCUGCUCUUUCUCAAUCCUGCCUUGCUUGUGCAUGGGUCAAAAUCUGAACAUUAAAGUUGAAAUUAAAGAAGAAGGAAAAGAUCUGUAUGUGAGCGGUGAUGAGCCGUGUAAGGAAGAGGAAAUCCCUCCAAAGAUCAGCUCAGCGUCCGAAGGUAUAACCAUCAUGGCGGAUAGAGCUGAAAGAUACGUGCUUAGUAAAUCGAGCAUAUUGACAGUCAAUGGGGGCUUGUCAGCCAUUGGUUGUUCGAACUUGAUAGAUGAAAAUCUAAAUAAUGUUAAAGUUGAAGUGAAGGAGGAAACAGAUGAGCCGUGUAAGGAGGAGGAAAUUCCCCCAGAGAUGAGCACAGACACCGGAGACACUCAGGGGGACGUCAAAGCUGAGGAGGAGGAAGAAGGACGCGUGAGGAUUAAAGAGGAGGACAUUUCUACAGGGAGAAAAGCAAAGGCUCCUCUAGGAAGAAGAGCGAAUGCUCCUCUAGGAAGAAGAGCAAAGACACCUCUAAGAAGAAGAGUGAAGGCUUAUCUAGGAAGAAGAGUGAAGGCUCCUCUAAGAAGAAGAGUGAAGGCUCCUCUAGGAAGAAGAGGGAAGGCUCCUCUAGGAAGGAGAGUGAAGGCCCCUCUAGGAAGGAGAAGUGAAGGCCCCUCUAGGAAGGAGAGUGAAGGCCCCUCUAGGAAGGAGAGUGAAGGCCCCUCUAGGAAGGAGAGUGAAGGCCCCUCUAGGAAGGAGAGUGAAGGCCCCUCUAGGAAGGAGAGUGAAGGCCCCUCUAGGAAGGAGAGUGAAGGCCCCUCUAGAAAGGAGAGUGAAGGCUCCUCUAGGAAGACGAUGGAAAGCUCCUCUAGGAAGACGAGGGAAGGCUCCUCGAGGAAGAUGAGGGAAGGCUCCUCUAGGAAGAUGAGGGAAGGCUCCUCUAGGAAGACGAGGGAAGGCUCCUCUAGGAAGACGAGGGAAGGCUCCUGUAGGAAAAAGAGGGAAGGCUCCACUAGGAAUAAGAGCGAAGACUCCUCUACGAAGAAGAGCGAAGGCUCCUCUAGGAAGAAGAGUGAAGGCUCCUUUAGGAACAAGAGCGAAGGCUCCUCUAGGAAGACGAGGGAAGGCCCCUCUAGGAAGAAGAGGGAAGGCCCCUCUAGGAAGAAGAGCGAAGGCUCCUCUAGGAAGAAGAGCGAAGGCUCCUCUAGGAAGAAGAGUGAAGGCUCUUCUAGGAAGAACAUCGAAGGUUCCUCUAGGAAGGAGAGCGAAGGCUCUUCUAGGAAUAACACCGAAGGCUCUUCUAGGAAGAACAGCGAAGGCUCCUCUAGGCAGAAGAGCGAAGGCUUCUCUAAAAAGGCUCUUAGAUACUCCAUAUUAAUGGCCAUGUUUUUGGAAUGGAAUGUCCAGAAAGGUCAUAGAGAUGGAAGGUACAACGCAGAGAAAGGUCUCAUUAGCACACCAUAUGAUGACAUCACAUCCAGCUUUUCAGUGCAUCCCCCCAUGAUCCCGACUUUCCAUCACAGUGGAGAAGUAUCACGUGAUCCACCUGCACAAGUUGGCAGCCACCCUCAUGACUCCUAUCGCGGCGCUCACCCUAAAACCCAUAGAAGAGGGGAAAAGUUCCCUUGUUCCGAAUGCGGCGAAUGUUUUACCGAGAGAGCAAAACUCGUCAAACACCAGAAAUUCCACAGACAGCAGAAGACGUAUUCCUGUCCCCGAUGUGGGAAGAGCUUUAAAUUCAAAUCGGCCCUUAUAACACACGAAAGAGUUCAUACCGGGGAGAAGCCGUACUUGUGUUCCGAAUGCGCAAAAUGCUUCACUCGAAAAACCUACCUCCUGAGGCACCAGGCAAGCCACACGGGUGAUAAACCCUUUUCCUGUUCUGUGUGUGGGAAAUGCUUCACACAUAAAUCAGCUCUCACCACUCAUGAGAAGGUCCACACGGGUGUGAAGCCCUAUUCGUGUUCCGAAUGCAAGAAGGGUUUCUACCGGAAAACGUCGCUCAUCACGCACGAGAAGCUUCACAGAGGGAAGAAUCUGUAUUCCUGUUCUGAGUGCGGCAAACAUUUCACGAACAGGUCGCAUUUGGCCACCCAUGAGAGGAUCCACACCGAUGACAAGCCUUUCACCUGCAUGGAAUGUGGCAAGAGCUUCAGCCAGAAACCAUCUCUUCUGUUACAUCAGAGGACGCACACGGGGGAGAAGCCUUAUUCCUGUCCUGAAUGCGGCCAGUCAUUUUCUUGGAAAGCCCAGUUUCUCCGCCACCAAAGAACUCACACGGGGGACGUGCCAUAUUCAUGUUCAGAAUGCGGGAAGUGUUUUACGGAGAAGGCCAGCCUUGUCUCACAUCAGAGAACCCACACCGGGGAGAAGCCCUAUUUGUGCUCGGAAUGUGGGGAAUGCUUUUCUUGGAAAGACCAACUUAUCCGACACCAGACGACUCACACGGGAGAGACUCCCUUUUCCUGUUCCGAGUGCGGCAAACGUUUUACCCAGAGGUCGAGCCUCGUCUCACAUCAGAGGACUCAUACCGGCGACAAGCCGUUUGCCUGUUCCGAAUGCGUGAAAUGUUUUUCCCGCAGGUCAGUCCUCCUUGCGCAUGAGAAGGUUCACACGGGGGAGAAGCCAUAUUCAUGUUCCGAAUGCGGCAAAUGCUUCACCGAUAAGUCAUACCUUGCCAUCCAUGGGAGGAUCCACACGGGCGAUCGGCCAUAUUCAUGCAGCGAGUGUGGGAGGCAGUUUACCUACAAAUCAGCUUUGGUUAGGCACAAGAGAGUCCACACAGGCCAGAACCCUUAUUCCUGUCCUGAAUGUGACAAGCGCUUUCCAAAGAGGUCCUCCCUGAAAUCGCAUUUCAGUUGUCAUGGGGAUGGGAGGUUUCUGGGUCAGGAUGCAACGGUUUUCGCACCUGGGCAAAAACGGGACUGA